AUGUUGAAAUACUGUAUUCUGUUCUGCUUGGUAAGCCCAGCAUUUAGCUGGCUGAUACGACCAGAUUUUGGACUGCUCUCAGAUGAUCAUAUCAAUUACAUCAAUCAUAUUGCUGAUACAACCUGGAAGGCUGGACGAAACUUCCUUCCAUCAGAACAAACACAUGUCAGAAGAAUUUUGGGAGUUCCUGACAUGGCCAAGUCAGAGUUCAUGGUCAGUCAGUUGCCCAGAAAGGAUUUUGAAAAAAGACUAAAAUCAUCAGAGCUGCCUGAAAACUUUGACCCUCGAGUCCAAUGGCCUUAUUGCCCUUCUCUGAAUGAAAUUCGUGACCAAGGCGAUUGUGGAUCUUGCUGGGCAUUUGGAGCAGUUGAGGCCAUGACAGACCGUAUCUGUAUCAAAUCCAAGGGGAAGACUCAGUUUCAUGUCUCAGCAGAAGAUUUGAUGACCUGCUGCCAUAUUUGCGGAUUUGGGUGCUCGGGUGGGUACCCAGCAAUGGCCUGGUACUAUUACAGGUUGGAGGGUCUUGUCUCUGGAGGCCAGUACAACAGCUCAGAAGGCUGUCAGCCAUAUGAGAUCCCAGCCUGUGACCACCAUGUGGUUGGCCAUCUGCAGCCUUGUGGCCAGAAAGAAAUGAAGACCCCUAAAUGUAAAAAGGUUUGUGAGGACAGCUACAAAGUUUCAUACUCCAAGGACAAACACUAUGGUUCAGACUCAUAUUCAGUUCGUGGAGAAGAAAAUAUUAUGCAAGAACUUGUACAAAAUGGCCCUGUUGAAGCUGCUUUUAAUGUCUACAGCGAUUUUUUAAAUUACAAAUCUGGUGUGUACCAGCACACUUCAGGAUCUCUUCUAGGUGGUCAUGCUGUGAAAAUUCUGGGAUAUGGUGUGGAAAAUGCGACUAAAUAUUGGCUGGUUGCAAACUCCUGGAAUCCUGACUGGGGCGAUGCAGGUUUUUUCAAAAUCAUCCGUGGACGGGAUGAGUGUGGGAUAGAAAGUCAGAUCGUUGCUGGUGAACCAAAGAUUUAA